AUGUCUGAAGAGUCUGGAUCUGAAUACAGUCCAAGUGAAUCAAGUAACAGCUCAGUCGAACGAAUUGAUGAGGUCUGCCAAAGAGAACCCAGCAAACGAAUUAGGAAGCCACCUGUUUACUAUCAUUGCCAAAAUGUGCAUACCGAACAAUGUGAACCUGUCACUUAUGGUGAGGCUAAGAUGAGAAGUGACAGCAGCAAAUGGAAGGAGGCGAUAGAUAGAGAGAUGCAAACACUAGAAGAAAAUAAUACUUGGAAAAUAUGUAAUGUACCAGAAAAUGAAAAGCUUCUGAGUAGUAAGUGGGAAUUUAAAAUUAAAAGAGGAGAUUCAGAUUUUCCUCAAUAUAAAGCAAGAUUGGUAGCGAGAGGGUUCGAACAGGAUGAUAUUUUAGACUUAAAUGACUGUUAUGCUCCAGUUGCAAAAUUGUCAACUGUUAUUUGUAGGUUAUUUGUAGCAAUAGCAACUAAACAUAAUUUACUUAUAAUUCAAAUGGAUGUAACAGGCCGUAACAAUGUAAAUAACGGACAGAAGAACAAAGUCACCGUCAUGAUUUACAGCAAAUGGUGCUCCUUUUCAACUUAA